AUGAGAACACGCCCCCCUCACCCUCCCAUGAUGUCGCACUCUGCUUACUCCCAGUUGGCCCACCUCCCUAAACUCCUCUUCCCCUCUGGCUCCCCCCACCAACACCCUGCCCUGGGCCUGCUCCGCCCUCCUCCCCCUGCCCAAGGCUCCUCCCACCUCUCCUCCACCCACUCUCAGCUCUCCUUCCCCUUCUCCCACUACCCCAAAGCCCACGCCUCCACCUCCUCCCCCUCCGUCUCUACCCCCACCUCAGACACCUCCAAGCUGCAGCGGCUGGUGGAGAAGCUGGAGAAGGAGCCUCCCACCUCCUCUCCCUGGGCCUCCUCCUCAGGGGAGACCUCCCACAGCAGCAUGGCCUCUACUGGGUUGUUCAACAGCGGCCUCAUGGGCGCCAGCACCUCCAGCACUUAUGUGAUGGCAACCCCACCAUCCUCCACCCAUGCCCCCACCUCCGUCUCCAACUUCACCAGGGAGAUGGUGGCCGCUCUGGGCAUGAGUGCAAACGGGGGCAGCGCUCUGGCAGGCGCCAUGCUCCCCGGCCUUGGCAUCAUGAGCACUGGCUCCCUGGCCCCCAACCAGUGUGGGGUGUGUCUGCGUGUGUUGAGCUGUCCCAGGGCACUGCGUCUGCACCAGGCCACCCACCUGGGAGAGCGCCCCUUCCCCUGUAAACUGUGUGGACGCUCCUUCUCCACCAAGGGCAGCCUGCGGUCCCACCUGGCAACACACCGUGCCCGCCCACCGAACUCUCGUGCCCAGAACUCUUGCCCGCUGUGCCAGCGCAAGUUCACAAAUGCCCUGGUGCUGCAGCACCACAUCCGCAUGCACCUGGGAGGGCAGCUGCCACCGGAGGGCAGUGCAGAGUCUCUAUCAGAGGCCUCAGCAGAGCCUGCCACUAUCUCUGAGCUCCAGACCCAUUCCCAGGCACUGUCUCAGUCCCAGCCACAGUCCAAUGACACCCCCAAGGUCUCCACUGAGAGCUCCAUUGCAGCCUCAGGCAGCCAGUCAAAGAGCUCAGCAGCAUCCACACACUUUCAAACCCUAGUAGGAGGCUCUGCCCCCGUAUCGGUCAGUGUGACAUCACCUAAGUGUGUCUGGGAGCCUAACAGAUCUCACUCCUCCAGCCCUGACCUGAUCCCUCCCUCUGACCUCACCCCUGACUCCUUCCUAAACUCCACCUCACACACCCCUCCGCCCAGCAGCGCAGACCCCCCAGUCCUGUUUGUCAGUGUGCCUUCCCCACCCCCUCCUCUAGGAGAUACAGGCUCCCCAGUCAAUGAUGACAACCAUGCUGAACUCCUUGAUUCAACCAUUGGUACCAUUGGCCCUGCUCCCACUUCCUCCAGUGUUACCAAAACCACACCCUUGUCCAGUCUAAUGAUGUCAGACUGUCUUUUGGGUCAGAAUGCUCUUCCUCUCAAUGUCUUCCUCCCCGGCCCUAGAUCAAAUCUGGAGGAUCUACUGAGCACACCAGCCCUCUGUGCCCCAGUAGCACACCCCAGCCCAGCCCCCUCCUUUACCCCUGUCCUUAGCCCAGAGCAUCCCCCUAAACUCCCAACCCCCAAGCCCACAGAGGAAUACAGGGUUGAAACCCCCCCGCCUGCAGCACCAAAGCAUGACCAAGCUCCUGUAUCUGAUACGGACCCGAGAAUGGCACCACCAUCAGAGAGCGCAGACACAAGCGAUGCUGAGGCUAGGGAAGUUCCUCAGAAAGCUGUACCCUACACCAGGGAGACGAGUCAGGGGGCGUACCUCGGCUCCCAUGGGAAGGAGGAUGGGAUGGGCGGUGUCAGUGACCAAUUGGAAAGCACAUUUCCCAUCAGUUUGGCUCCCACUCUCCCCCCUCCCCUGUCUCGCCCUGAGAAGAAGACCUACAGCUGUGCCGAGUGUGGGAAAGAGUAUGCCAGCCGCAGUGGACUGAAGGGACACAUGAAGCAUCAUGGAGGGGUUGUCAAGGCACCACGUCCCCCUGUACGGAGCGGUCGCUCAGCCUCUGAGCGACUUCCUGCUAACACACCGACAACAUCCUCCAACCCCCCGGCCACCAGGAGCAAUGUGGGCUUCUGGAACCAGUACCAAGCCUUUCUCAACACCAGCAACGACUCGGCAGACGACCCGGCACAAGGCCCGGCCAGUGGUAGCCAAGGAGAGGAUGGGGAGAUGCCCCGAUUGGCUAAAUCUCCCGUUAGAUCCCAGCUGUCGAAAGAACCGACCACUGGAAGGGGUUCAGAAGAUGGGUCUGACGAAGGGUCUACUCUAGAGUCAAUGUAAUUGGUGCUAUCAAUGGACAUUCACUGUACCUUUGAGUCAAAUCGUAGGGACUUUUGUAUUGUAUUGCUUCCAAAUUCAGUUGAGUAGUCUGUCGGUUUGUUGUCUGUGAGUAAAUUGCUUAGUUAAUUUGUGAUAACUGUAAGUUGGCCAUCCUGGCCUUUUCUUUUUAAAGAGGAGAAAGUUGAAGGAUGCAUAAAAGACGACAUAACUACAGGAUUGGAAGAUUGAGGAGGUCAGAAGUCACUGUCAAGACAAUGAGAGUUGGAGCUGGGCUCUAGAAUGAGAGCUCUGUUAGACAAAGAGCUCUACUCUAGAUUUAGGGCUCAUUUUCCUGAACAGUCUGACUCACUGUUUAUGUGAUAGAUAUUAACUCAAAUGAAGACAUGUAUUGGAAAAGGAGGCAAGGUAGAGAGGAUGUGAUAUUGUUCUCACAUAAGCAAUUCCUUCAUUCAAACAUAACAGGGAAAAGGAGGUGGAACAGAAUGGUAAGGGUCACUAAACUAAACUUGACAUGGUAGCUUCAACCCUGGCAGUCUAUAGAGAUGCAGUCUCUCAUCCUACUACUGUAUAAAACCUAAUCUUUCAUGCCAUCGUGGUUCACUUUUGAACUCGUGAAUACUCCAGACUCCUCCUCCAGCUGAUAGACAGAGAAGCACAGAGGAGUGGGUGUUGUGGUGUGCCAGGUGGAGAAAGAAAUGGACAGACAGUUUCCUGUGUGACCCAUUUUCCUUUGGAUCUUGUGAAUAAGCUGAUUGUCGUUUGGUCUCACAGUGAUGUCCGUUCUCUGUAACUUGUUGUCUUUGGUUCAUGUUGUAUCUUUAUAACAAAACAAAAAAAAAUCAGAGGUCUAUGUCUGAUAUUGUUGUGAGUUGUACUUUCAGUGUAUUCCUGUGAAAUAAGGGGGAUAAAAAAAGACAAAAAAGCUGGGAAACAGUUUUCUUUUUUGUUGUUGUUGUUGA